AUGGCUUUUGAAGAAGAUGGGAAAUCGUACGUUGAAUCGUUCUGCACCGCAAUACAAAAUCCCGAUCGUAUGGUGCGGCAGCGGGCGCUGAAAAAUUUUGAGCAGAAUUACAUACGCAACGUUGAAACAACAGAGGAAGUCUCUAGAAUAUUCGACGACAUAUAUCUGCAUAUUUUACGAUGCUACAGUGACCGUUUUGAAUCGGUGCGAAUACUCGCGGUGACUGCGUUGGAUACACUUUUGGCGAAACUUCCGACCAAUGAUUAUUACCUGGAAUACGUCAUACCGGUGUUGCAGAAACGAAUUGGACAAGCAGAAACCAUUGAAGAAAGUGAAGAACUCCGGUUGCAGUUGUUGGAGCAGCUCGAGGCAUUGGUUAUCAAGUAUCGUGACCCCGAUGGGAGCCGUGGUGACCCGUUGUUGAAAGUGUUUGAUAAUGUAGUUGAUGUCUUGAUCAAAACCUUGCGAGAUCCGUAUCCAGCGGCACAAAAGAAAAGCUGUGACAUCGUUGCAGCGCUGGCAGAAGCUACGCCGAGCCUGCGUUACCGAGCGGAAGCAUUGGUGGCCCCGGCCAAGUCGAUUCUCGUCCACCGCCACUCAGCGAAUAGAAUUGCAGCAAUCGAAACGCUGGGCAUACUUUCGCUACAUAUUCUCUCGAAUGGUGAUCUGGUCUCGGAGAUCAUUAUGGCAAUCUCACCGUUGCUCAUGGACGAUGUGCCCUUUGUACGUCGUGCUUGCGGCCGAGUGGGUUGCUUAUUGAUGCAGAAACUUCGCGAUCGUUACUCAUUCUUUCACCGCCUUCUUCCUUUGGUGUUGAACUGCCUAAGUGAUGAAACGGUGGAAGUACGUGAAGAUAUAAACAAACGUUGGAAGGAGGCUGGAGAGCUAUAUUACCGUGAGAAUGAAACCGAGCUCUCGAAAGUCGCUCUAAUAGAGAAACUGCCAUCUGGAUACCCGGAUGAUCGGUACACGAGACCGACUUUACCCUGUCGUGCGAUUGUACAGCGAAGCCUGCGUGUAGUGAAUCUGGUGCUUCAUGAGAUGGAGGAAUGGAAGGAAAACAUUCGGCUGCACGCCACGAAGCUGCUUAAACAGAUAGUACUCCACGCUGAGCGCUCUUUGUCGACUAUGUUUCUGGAUAUAAAUCCUGUACUAACGAAAGCUUGCAUGGAUACGGAAAUAGCAAUCGUUUCGGAAGCUCUAAGCGUGUGCGAGUUGAUGGGAAUUUUGCUUGAUUAUGAAACGUGGAGUGAACAUGUAUUAUCUGAGUUUAGGAAAUUUCCAACAAUCGGACAAUUACGUUGCAUGUGCAAACUUUAUGCCAGCUCUGUCUAUGAGGAAGGAAAGCGUAAAAAUGUCCGACAGUUUGCGGCACUUCUGCUCGAUCCGAAUGUUUGUCACAACCACAUGGAUCCAGUUUAUCAGCGGGAACUUCUCAAUUUUUGCACCAUACUCGCAACUAUUGGUCAAGACCGGGAACUGCUUUCCGCAGCCUUGGAGGAAAUUACGGUCAGCGAAUCGAAAGAAGGCGAACAACAAAGCCUCGAAAGGACUCUGUACACCGUGGUACUGAAAGUAGUUGCUUUCUGUUCAGGAAUGGAAGAGAAAGUAGAAAUUCAUGAACUUGGCCUAAGUGUCCUUCGCCAGCUAGACGGAAACGUCGAUCGGUUGCAUAGGCAUCAUUUGGCAAGUGUCCUGAAUAAAAUUGAACACUUGGAAAGUGAAAACUCAAAUGCUAACACAAGUAUAUUGCUACUGUGCGGAAUUGUGUCGGAGUGUGGUUUUCAGGAAUUAUACUUCGAUACCAUGAAACAAACAAUAGGAAAGGCUCUCUCACAUGCAACGCCUGAAGGGAAAGUUAAGCUUUUUAGCGCUAUUUCACUAGCAAUGCUAUCUUGGAGCGCUAACAAUCAGCAACCAAAAGAUGUCCAGUUUUCGUUGCUCAAAACAUUCACUGACGACUUGAUCGCUCCUCAUCUAAUAUGGACUGUAGGUAGAAGUGCUGAAUCUGUCCGCGCUAUGUCAACUGCAUGUUUUGCAUCGAUGGCGCAGGGUGUGAAUAAUGAUGUGUAUAUGUCAUUACUGCCAUCAUAUAUUAAUGUACUCUCCGGGUUGAUAGACGAUAACUGCAUUGCCACACGUGCCUACACUUUGAAAGCUCUGAUUCAUCUAGAAGCACUGGAUUUUGAAUCAUUAAAGCUGGUGGCAUUUCCCAUCAUGUCCCGACUAGACGAUCCAAGCGGAGAAGUACGAGAACUAGCUGCAAUUUGUCUGGGGCGUUUACGGCUUGACGUGACGACGAUAGCAACUUUAUCCGAUCGACAGGCGCUCGAGGCACGAUGGCAGGACAUUCUGCAACAGAUACUUUCCGUGAUGUUCCUACAUUUGGAACAUCCGGAAAUAAAGUUGCGUUCGGCUAUUUUUGGUUCGUUGAAGCGUUUGUACAUUGAUAAUCGGGACUUGAUUAAACGUUUGAGCGAAGAAGUGUCCCUUGGAUGUUCGUAUCGAAAGGAUUUAGAUACUAUAGUAACGGGAAAAGCUGAAUCAGAAUAACUUCCAAC